GGCGGGCCCCGCACGGCCUGGUGCUCGCGGGGCUGCUCGGGGCCGGAGCUGCAAGAGAGUCUGUUUCUACGGGGAGAGGCUGCGGGGGGGGCGGGGCCCGCCGGGCAGCAGGCUUUAGCCUCCGGCGAAGGCAAAAGGAAUGGGGAAUUGCAGCGGGCCUUUGCAUGCAGUACAGACAGUUCACUUCACCGUGGUAGGCUGAGAAGAUGACAACACGUUACAGAACCAUGGAAUCGCUCAGGUUGGAAAAAACGUGUAAAAUCGAGUCCAGCCAUAAACCUUAGGCUGCCAAAGUCACUGCUAAACCCUGUCCCCAAGCACCACAUCUGUGCAUCUGUUAAAUCACUCCAGGGAUGGGGACCCGACCGCUUCCCUGCAGUAAAGAGGAUGUCUGCAGAUGAACUGGUGUGUGAGGGAAGCUUCUCGGAAGUGCAGGGAAGGAAAUGGAAAGGUGAAGGUACAACGCCAAACCUGGAAAGUAUUGUCCUUGGAAGAUGCUAUGAAUAUAUUAGAAUUGUGAAUCCUGCUGUUGGUGAGAAGAAUUGUUCAGAGUUAUGGGAAGCAUUUAAAAGUGCAUUUAUUAGCAAGGAUCCUUGCAGCAUUCUACCUAACGACUAUGAACGAUUUAUCAACCUGUCAUUGCACACAAUUCCACCUAACAAGUCUCUCUUCUGGGAAAAUAAUCAGCUACUAGUCAAUAGCUUUGCUGACAGAGGCCGUCGCUACAUGUCCCUGGCUGAUACUCUGACUGGCUUCUUUGCAGAUUUUCUAAAUUGGUGUGGCCAGGCAAACAGCGCUGGACUGGACUAUGAAUCCUGCCCUACCAUGGAGGAAUGUGAAAACAACGCAGUGGAUUCUUUCUGGAGGAUGGCCUCAGUCACUUAUGCACAGCACAGUUCUGGGGUGAUACAUGUCUUGUUGAAUGGUUCUGCAGUCGAAGGAGCUUAUCCAGAACCAGGGUUUUUUGCAGAUUAUGAAAUACCUAAUCUCCAGAAAGACAAAAUCUCGCAAAUUGUCAUCUGGGUUGUGGAUAAUAUUGAAGGACCAGAUCUAGAUUCCUGCGGAACAAAUACUGUAAAGAAGUUAGAAGACAGGCUGACAAACCUUGGGUUUGAUGUUGCCUGCACUGACAAUUACAAGUCUGUACUGCUCUUACUCUGCCUGGAUUAUCCUGGUGAUCCUAAGUGUACCCUUUCAUCAUCUGCACCAGCAGCACAAAGAGGACCUAUAUCUUCAGACAGAGGAGGCAGCUGGAACAAGCUCAUGUUUGUUUCUUUUGUAGGCUUUUUGUUCAGAUUUGCUUUAGUAUUUUGAGCUAAUCCAUAUCCUCUGUUUGCCUUUGCUGGCUAUGUACUUGGCUUUAACAAAUUUCUAACUGCAAUUUCAGCCUAGUUCUGGAACCAGCGAACCUGCAUAUUAAACUCCUGCAUAUUUCUAUCCAUAUACCAACUACUUUUAUAUAAAAAAUUAUUCUACUGCUUCUAGAAAGCUUCAGACUUCAUUUCCUUUUCUUGAAUAGAAGACAUUCAUUGCUAUUUCCUUUUAUCCUUAUUCUCCAUAAUUAAACUGGGAGUAAUUCUUCCUGUUCACAUAUUUCAGAAAGAGAAGUGAAACUGUGCCUGUCAUACACCUCCCACACAACUUGCUUGUUCAUAGAAACAAUGCUAGCAUUUGGCAUUGGAAACUAAGUGUCUGAUUAUUGUAUUUUGGGAAGAAGAAAUAUGAAUUCAGAUGAGAGAGAACUUAGGUUGCUCACUUCAUGCAAGAUACAAUAUGUGAGAGUGUAAAAAUUAAACUAAUUUUCAGAAGUGGUCCAGUACUUGGUCCAAACUUAUUUAAAACUGUUGUACAGCCAGGUUCUGGCUUGCAUGCUUGCAUACAGUAUUUUACCACAUACUAUCGUUCACUUAGUCAUCAGUACAGCUGUUCUUCAUCUGACUGUUUCCUGGCCACUGGAUAGCCAGUGGUCAGGAAUAUCAGCUCUGGAAAGCUCCAUGAGUUUUCACCCAUGAUGUGAUAGUUGAUCACCGUGGUGUGAUUUAUGGCAUAUCAAAUUCAGACAGGAGUUUGCCAAGUCAGAUAUCUGCCUGCUUGCAGUGAAUUCAGUUAACAUGCUUCAGAAUAUAUUGAAGAGAGAAUAUAUUGAUGUCAUCUUGAUGGUCUCUUGAGUUACUUCCAUGAGUUAUCUCAGUGUUCCAGCUAGAUGCUCCUCUAAAGCACCAAGACAUCCAGCUACCAAGAUGACACAUAAAUUUUUGGAAAAAAAUAGUUGUUCUUCUAGAAAAUAAGUAGAAUUUUGUUGUACAUUCCCUGUUAGCUUCAGUAUUAUUUAUUCGUGUUUGCAUUAGCCUGUUGUAAUGAAACUGGAAUAAGAUGUUCCUGUUAUCUCUGUGCAUCUGCUUUAGGACUCCAUAGCAUAUUUAUGUCCUCUCCAUCCCUGGUAAAACUAUAUCGUGUUGUAUGUUUAAAAGAAAAUAUCUAGGAUAUGUUAUUGCUGUUGCUUAUUUAUCUAGCUUACAUUCAUGUAAUAAUCUUUAAUAUGGUUUUGAUACAAAUCCCUUUAUUAUUACACACAUUGAUGCAUUUGCCUGUGUCACAGCUGGGCUUAGGCUCUAGUUUGAAGGAUUUUUGUGUUUGUUUGAGACACUUGAAAAAGUACUGAAAUCAGAAUUUAGAGUCCAUUUAAAAUUGGGGCUGUAUUGCACCUCAAAAUUGUUCCCUACCUAUGCUGAAACUUUAGUCCUUUGAUUCAUUCCUUCAGCAUUCUCCUCAUUUUUAUUGCUUGUUUGAUGCUGUCCUUAACAGCAGCUGCUGGAAUAGCAAGAGACAUACCUGUUUGUAAAACAGACACAUCUCAGAUAACUAAACACAAGAAAAUUUCAUCAAUCUUCUAUCUGUCCACAGCAAAUCACAUCAUGAUACAUUCUGGCCCACAGACUGUAGAGACAGUGUGUAUGAGGCUCACAGAUAGAUAUCCAAGCUGUUGUUUGGUCUGGUGCUGUCCUGCCCACUUAUGUGUAUAUUAUAGUGUGCCCAGGAUUCAGAGAAUAGCUUAAUACCAUAACAACCCAUUGGUUAAGACAGCAUAUUUUUUUUACUAUAUCGUUUGAAUAAAAUGUUGGAAAAGCUUGGAAAGAUCUGUAAAGAUUUUAGCUAACCAACUAAUAUAGCUGGCAAAAAAAAAGGGGAGGGAGGGAAGUUUCAGAUAUAUACAUUUCCUGAUAUAUUAAAGGCAGCAAAUUUCAA